AUGCAAAACGCGGCGAGCAAAGUGAACGUCGCCGCGGCCACCGGCGCCAUCCAAGGCGUUCUCGGUCUCGGCGCAGUCUCCUACGGCCUGUACCACGCCUUGUUCAACGUGGAAGGCGGCCACCGGGCGAUUGUCUACAAUCGCGCGGUCGGUAUCAAAGAAACCUCGUACACGGAAGGGACGCACAUGAUGAUCCCGUGGAUAGAACGGCCGAUAAUAUACGACGUGCGUUCGCGAGCGCACCAAGUGAGCUCGACCAGUGGGAGUAAAGAUUUGCAGAUGGUGAAUUUAAGCAUACGAGUGUUAACGAGGCCGGAUUCGAACAAAUUGCCGCAAAUUUACCGAGAGUUGGGGACGGAUUUUAACGAACGAGUGUUACCGAGUUUAAUACACGACACGUUGAAAUCGGUGGUGGCGCAACACAACGCGUCGGAGUUAAUCACGAAAAGAGAAAACGUGUCGUUGCAGAUUAGGAACAUGUUGAUUCAACGCGCGAAGACUUUUCACAUGAUAUUGGACGACGUUUCGAUCACGGCGUUGACGUUUGGGAGAGAGUACACGGCGGCGAUCGAGGCCAAGCAGGUGGCGCAGCAAGACGCGGAGAGGGCGAAGUUUAUCGUGGAGAGGGCAAGGCAGGAUAAGAAGUCUGCGGUGAUUAGAGCGGAUGGUGAGGCGAGAUCGGCGAAGUUGAUCGGGGAGGCUAUUAGUACGAAUCCGGCGUUUUUGACGCUGAGGAGAAUCGAAGCCGCGAGAGAGAUUGCGGAAACGAUGGCGAGAUCGAAUAACCGCGUGAUGUUGAACGCGGAUUCGUUGUUGUUGAAUUUAGCCGAGGAGAAAGUCACCCAAGGAAAGCAUUAG